UCAGCUCUGCAGCAGCAGCUCGGCUCGUGAGGACAAUCUGCUCGUUUCUGCGGGACAUGGAGGUGUCUUCUCACAGCCUGUUCCUGCUGCAGCAGCUCAACGUCCAGCGGGAGUUCGGGUUCCUGUGUGACUGCACAGUUGCCAUUGGUAACGUCUACUUCAAGGCUCACCGAGCCGUUCUGGCCGCCUUCUCCAACUACUUCAAGAUGAUCUUCAUCCACCAGUCCAGGUGA